GCCAAAGUUGGUUUUGUUGUGGCUCUGUUCAUUUUCUGAGCACUUCUUCUCUUCUCUUUUCAACACAACCGUCAGACUUUCAAGGUGUUAGGCCAUUGAAAUGUCUACUUACACUCAUGCCCGUAUGCCCGCCCCCUCCGAUCAGCAGCAGUCUGUUCAUCGUCGUCAUCCCUUCACAAAUGCCAAUGUUCUCAAUCAGCCUCGCCUGACAUCUCCUAAUCGACAAGUUCAGUACUACCGUGUAGGAUUUCUCGGAGAAGGAGGAUUUGCACGUGUCUAUGAGGUGGCAGAUGGUCGUCACAGUGCCGCACAACACCUUGCUUGCAAGGUCGUUACCAAAUCGUCUCUGAAGACGAAGAAGGCCAAAACCAAGCUCUAUGCAGAAAUCAAGAUACACCGUUCGCUUGCUCAUCCUAACAUUGUGCGCUUCCAGGAAUGUUUCGAAGAUGACGAUAACGUCUACAUGACACUUGAGCUUUGCACUAGCGGAUCAUUGAUGGACAUGCUCCGUCGUCGUCGUCGCUUUAGCGAGUGCGAGGCCCGAUUCUUUCUUGUACAGCUCAUCGGUGCAUGCCACUACAUGCAUACCCACCAGGUCAUCCACCGUGACCUUAAGCUCGGGAAUUUAUUCCUUGACUCGAACAUGAACAUCAAGGUCGGCGACUUCGGUCUUGCUGCCUUGAUCGAGAACCCCGGUGAACGAAAGAAAACUAUCUGUGGCACGCCAAACUAUAUUGCCCCCGAGGUGUUGUUUGACACUGCGAAUGGGCACAGCUUCGAGGUUGACACUUGGUCUAUCGGCGUCAUCUUAUACACACUUGUUAUCGGUCGUCCUCCCUUCCAGACCAAGGACGUUAAGGAGAUUUAUACACGGAUCCGCGAUAACGUCUACGAGUUCCCGCCUGAACGCCGCAUUACACCAGAUACUAAGGACUGCAUCACGGCUAUUUUAACACCUGACCCCUCAAAACGUCCUACUCUCCUUGAAAUCCUUAAGUCACCCUUCAUCGACCUCGGUAUUGUCCCACCAUUUAUCCCCGUCUCUGCACAUGACGCGCCCCCCGACUUCCGAUACCUUACGCGCCCAAUGUCCGUGGUCAACCUCAUGAAGCUCAAGAAAGCUGUGUGGUUGGAUGACGAUCACAUUUCGACUAUAGCGGUUCCGUCGGCUCCAGAAGACAAGGCGAAAAAUCCGAUUACGUCCACCAUCGCUCAGCAAGAGAAGGAGUUCCAGAAGGCUGUUCAGCCUGGCAGUCCUAUCUCUGCCCUGCUUAGUUCUGCUAGGCAACCGUUGGUCAUGUCGACAAAUGGGAUCAAGGAGUCCCCUCUGUUCAGAAAACUGCAAGCAGCGAAGGACACGAAAUCACCUCUACGGAACGUGCGCACUGCACGUGGGUUGCAAGAUAUAGAAGAAGAGAACGAUGCACCUCGAGGAACUAGGGAGAAAAACCACGAUCAGCAGAGACAGAAGGAGCUCGAAUCGCAGAAGGCGAGAAUUGUAGCCCAGAUGGCUCCGGUGGCUGGUCUGGGCGCACCCCGCCUCGAGGAGGACCAGGAGAAUCUACCUCCUACCCUUAAGGAUCUGAAGGGCAAGGAGCCGAUGCGCGGAGAGCGCAAGGAAACUCUAGUGCAGGACGCGCACAUGGAACCCCCACAAGCAAAGCUUAAUGGAUUUGAUGCUGCUGCACAGACUUUGACCCAAGCAUUUGACGCGAAGGCUGCCGGCAAGCUGUUCCGGGAUCCUCGUGAUGAUACUACCAUCCCUGAUGAGCGCGUUUUCAUCGUGUCUUGGGUGGAUUACUGCAAUAAAUAUGGAAUGGGUUAUGCCCUGACGGAUGGGUCUGUUGGUGUACACUUUAAUGAUAGUACGACCCUCAUACUCUCAGCGGAUAAGCAUCACUUUGACUACAUCUCCUCUCGACGCCACGGAACUGUCUACGUUAGGAAGAACUUUUCUGUGACCGAAUUUCCGGAGGACCUCAAAAAUAAGGUAUACCUUCUCAAGCAUUUCGAGCGCUACAUCAUGGACCGCCUGUACGGCGACUACGAGUACACUUUCGAGGACCAUGACCGUACCAAGGGAAUGGAUUUCGUACAGAAGUAUUUGCGCAUGAAACACGUUAUUGUGUUCAAGAUGAGUCAUGACGUCCUUCAGUUCAACUUUUACGAUCACUCAAAAGUCAUCCUCUCGUCUCAUGGUUUACUGGUGACGCAUAUUGACAAGAACUACAAGAUCGCACGAUUCACGCUCAGCGAAAUUAUGGCACUAUCUUUACAAGCUCCUGCUGCAGAUCCCGAGCAGGCCAAGUUCAACCAGCGACUCGUAGACAAACUCAAGUACUGCAAGGAGGUACUUACGUCCAUCCGUAAUGCGAGCGCCAACCAAGCCGCAACUGAUGACGACGCGGGGAUGGGGGGAGGGUUAGUCAGCACGAAGACGUCUAAGGCAUCGUUGCGGUGAUGCGUGUGAUGAAUGAAGCGCGUUUAUACUUGCAUAAGCUGUCGGUGGUGUUAGGCCUCCGUAGUUUGUUUUCAUUUCCUUUUUUCGCAUUCUGUGUCUGCUCAUUAUAACAUAUCAAGCAAGUUUUCGCUCUCGUAGGCAUCAGUACCAUGUUAUGAGUUUUCUUUUAGCUUUCGUAAAGCACCACAGGCAUAUGUGCCGCUUGAUUAUUUUCUACUCUGACAUGGACAGCUUGUCGCUCUCAUUGUCAAUUUGUCGAUAUCAAAAAUUUUCCACAA